GAAUGCUUAGUGUGGUAAAUACAAUUCUACUAUGGACGCAUGCGUGGUAAGGACUUCCUUAAAAAAAUCCAUAACUAAGACACUACUCUUGUUAACGGCUAUUGCAAAGCUGUAUGUUCAUUGCCUUAUGAGUCUUUGAUUCACAGAGUGAACCUACAGAGAAUAUGGCACUAGGAAAACUCAGGAAAGAGGAAACUCUCGUUCUGCGGAAGAAGUUAAUCGGGCAGUCAUGUAGACUAUUCUAUUCAGAAGACCCUGUGAAAAUAGUAAAAGCAAGAGGUCAAUUUCUAUUCGAUGAAAAUGGCAAGCGCUAUCUGGACUGCAUCAGCAACGUUCAACAUGUGGGCCAUUGUCACCCAAGCAUUACAAAAGCUGCGUCAGCACAAAUGGACCUCCUGAACACAAAUGCUCGAUUCCUGCACGACAACAUAGUGAUGUAUGCCGACCGCCUGGCUGCCACCCUGCCUGAGAAACUGUGUGUGUUCUACUUUGUUAACUCCGGUUCAGAGGCCAAUGAUCUUGCCCUACGCUUAGCACAUCAGUACACCCAACAUGAGGAUGUAAUUGUGCUUGACCAUGCAUACCAUGGGCAUCUAAUGUCCCUCAUCGACAUUAGUCCUUACAAGUUCCGGAAACUGGCAGGACAAAAAGAAUGGGUUCAUGUGGCACCCUUACCAGACACCUACAGAGGCCUUUACAGAGAGGAUCACCCCAACCCCGGCCAAGCAUACGCUGAUACAGUAAAAGACCUAAUAGAGGAGGUGCACAGGGAUGGCCGUAAGAUCUCGGCCUUCUUUGCUGAGUCAUUGCCAAGUGUUGGAGGACAAAUAAUCUUACCCCAAGGAUACUCCACUAAAGUUGCAGAAUAUGUGCGAUCAGCUGGUGGAGUGUUUGUGGCAGACGAGGUGCAGACAGGCUUUGGACGUGUGGGAAGUCACUUCUGGGCUUUCCAGCUGCAGGGGCAGGGUUUUUGUCCCGACAUAGUGACCAUGGGUAAACCAAUGGGCAAUGGGCAUCCCCUGGCAUGUGUGGCAACCACUGUAGAGAUAGCUGGAGCUUUCACAGCCAACGGAGUGGAGUACUUCAAUACGUUCGGAGGGAAUCCAGUGUCCUGUGCAAUUGGCCUGGCAGUACUUGAUGUGAUAGAGGAAGAGGACCUAAAAGGAAAUGCCACCAGGGUGGGAGCACAUCUCAAAGAUUUGCUUAUAAAGCUACAACCACGACAUCAAAUAAUUGGAGAUGUCAGAGGUGUGGGGCUGUUUGUGGGUCUCGAGCUGGUUACAGACAGAGAGCAGAGGACUCCUGCCACAGAAACAGCAGCGUUGGUGGUGAAGAGGUUAAAAGAGGAGGAUAACAUCUGUGUCAGUACUGAUGGUCCCUGGGAAAGUGUCAUCAAGUUUAAACCACCAAUGUGUUUCAGUAUGGAUGAUGCAGAACUGACAGUAAAAUGUAUUGACCGCAUCCUCACAGAUGUUCAGUGCCUUUUUAAGGCAUAGGCAUCACUUCAGUCAACUGAGAUGAAACCUACCACAUUUAAAAAAGGGAUGCCAGCUGAACUGUUACCCCUUCUGGCGAAAAUUAAGAAACUAAUAAAAGGUUUUUCCCCCCAAUCCUGACAAAUUUUUGUUCCAUCAACAAUUGCGAUAUUUCAAAUAUAAUCAGUCCCAGUUAGCAAUACUGAUCAGCAACAUGUUCUCAAUACACAUAUGGUUGAGAUAAGCACUUACCAGAUCACUAUCAUUAACUCCUGUUCACAUUUAUAAAAUGCUUCAGUACUGCAGUUUUUACAUAAAGUGGAGUGGGAAUUAACCAGCCAGUUUGCUGCAGGUAGUGAAGCUCUCUCCCACAUCUUUCCAAAGAGGCAUCCGUAGAGAUGUUAACAUUACCCAAGACAAAACAAGCAAGCCAUUUAACAGUACAAAAACAUUUAACAUUAACUUUACAAAUAAUAACAAAAGGAUCCAUGUGUAAUAUAAACCAAAAGUUUAUUUCUACCAAUUUGCCCAAGACACUAGAGGAAUGAGUAUCCAGUGAGAGAGGGAGUACCCUCUUACAUUAACAGGCUUGCGUUCAGUUGAAUAACACUAGUAAAGCCACUUAAAAUUGCAGACAUGAUGGGGGAAGAAUCUCCAUAAAAGCCGAAAAAAAAA